GUUUCUAUCCUAACAUGUGGCAAUUAGUAAAAUAAAAAUAGAAAACAAGCUUGUAAACUAAUAAAAACAAUAUGUAUUUCAUCAUAAUAUGAGGAUUUUACAAAUAAUUAAGAAAUGUAUUUAAACAAUCUUAUUUAGAGUUAUUUGUUAUAACAAAAAUUCUUAUAGUUGCCCUUAGUACAAUUUUACUUUAAGAAAGCUAAUACGAAAAUUAAAAUUGAAGAAUUUACCUUUAAUAAUGCAAAUUAUAGAUAAAAACAAGUAUUAUUUCAAUUUUCAUUAGAUUAAUGGUUGGAAUAUCAAAUGGUGAUGCUCAAAUAUUUGAUCUUACUACUAUAAAGUUAAUUAAAAUACUUGUUGGUCAUGCUUAUCAAAUUCUACAAAUGAUACCAUUUGCAGAUUAAUAUUUGAUUACUUUAUGCCAUAAUAAAGAAGCAAGAAUAUGGAAUUCUAGGAAUUUUUAACUUUUAUUCAAAGUUAAUCAUUAAAUUGCUGUUAAAAAUAUAUUCUUUUCUAAAGAUGGUUAAAAAGUUAUAUUAAUAGCAUAUGAUGGGUCAAUUAAAGUAAUUUUCAUGAUAUCUUAGGUAUACAAAACUUAAACAGGAGAAUUUAUAAAUUAAAUAAAUCACAAUUAAUAAUAAGUUUAUUAUUGUAAUUUUUUUUAACCUAUUGAUUAAUGCUUAAUAGGCUAUUCAAACAAAUAAGAGAAGUAAAUUAAAAAAUGCUAUAUUACUAGUACAAUUCUCAUAUGGGAUAUAACUGAUUAAACAAAUAAGGUAAUCUUCUAAAGAUUAUAGAAAAGGAUUAAGAAUGCUUAUUUCAAUUCAAAAAGUAAAUAUUUAUUUAAUCCAAAGAUUUUGAUUUGGUUUUGGUUUUUACAAAUUCUUCCUAAAUAAUUAUAUAUAAUUUAUUGACCUAAGCAAUUAAAGCAGAAAUCUUAGGAUUAUAGAAUUAGAUUGUCUUUUUAGAUUUUACUAAAAACAAUCAUCUUAUUAUUUGUGACUCAAAUAAUAUUGUAGUAUAGUAAUUAUAGUUAUUAAUUAAGUUCUGACACAGGAAAAUUUAAAUAAUAAUUAAAUACAUUUAUUGAUAUUUAGAUUAGAUAUUUGAAGAUCUUAGCAAAUUUAAAUCAUGUUGUUAAUACAAAAAAUGAGUAAAACAACAUUUAAAACAUAACUCAAGAUGAAUAAAUAAACAAAAGUGAGAUAUGGCUUUAAACUCCCUCUUAUUUUUCAGCUAUAAGAUGA